GUCAAUUGUUUAAGAAGAAUUUAUCCUGUUCUGUGAUUGUGUGAGUUGUGGCGAAAUCGAGGAUUUAAAUUUGGGAAAGGGAAUGAUAAAAAUCGCGAAAAGGUAGUUAACGGGUUAAAUUAUUAUUCCUUCGAGACGAAAUUGUUUUUUUCGAACUAAACAUGACCGAAAAUAAAUAUUCAAUCUUGUUACCGACAUACAAUGAAGUUGAAAACCUGCCUAUUAUAAUUUGGCUUCUGAUGAAGCAUUUAGCAGCAAGUGGUUAUCUAUUCGAGAUAAUAAUCAUAGAUGACGGCAGUCCAGAUGGCACCCUGGAAGCAGCCCAGCAGCUGCAGAAGAUAUACGGAAAUGAUAAAAUUGUAUUACGACCACGCGAGAAAAAGUUGGGACUGGGCACAGCUUAUAUUCAUGGUAUAAAACAUGCCACUGGAAAUUUUAUUAUUAUUAUGGAUGCCGAUUUAAGUCAUCAUCCAAAAUUCAUAAAGGAAUUCAUUGAAAAACAAAAAACCAAAGACUAUGACAUAGUUACUGGAACUAGAUAUGUAGGAGUGGGAGGUGUUUACGGCUGGGAUUUUAAAAGAAAACUAGUUUCACGUGGAGCAAAUUUUCUCACUCAGUUACUGUUAAGGCCCCAAGUGUCUGACCUAACUGGAUCAUUUAGACUCUACAAGAAACAUGUGCUUGAUGAUCUUAUUAAAAGUUGUGUGUCAAAGGGAUAUGUAUUCCAAAUGGAAAUGAUAAUCAGGGCCAGGCAGAAAAAUUACACGAUAGCUGAAGUGCCAAUUUCAUUUGUAGAUAGGGUUUACGGACAAUCAAAACUGGGCGGUACAGAAAUAUUCCAAUUUGCGAGUGCAUUACUAUACUUAUUUGCUACUACAUAA